AUGUGGACACUUGGAUUGUGUUUUGUAUCAUUGCUUGUGAUGUAUUAUACUCAUCUAAUCUACAAAUGGAGAAACCCAAAAUGCAAUGGAGGAGUUCUUCCUCCAGGUUCUAUGGGCUUGCCUAUCAUUGGAGAGACCCUUCGCUUGAUUAUUCCUAGUUACUCUCUAGAUCACCACCCAUUCAUCCAAAAAAGAAUCCAAAGAUACGGACCCAUUUUCCGAACCAGUCUCAUUGGUCGACCGGUCAUAGUAUCAGCUGAUCCUGAAGUUAACCAUUACAUUUUUCAACAAGAAGGAAACUCAGUUGAGAUGUGGUAUUUGGAUGCAUAUUCAAAAUUAUUUCAGCUCGAGGGUGAAUCCAGGUUAAGUGCAUUUGGCCGUGUUCACAAGUACAUAAGAAGCAUAACUUUGAAUCAUUUUGGCACUGAUAGCCUUAAGGAAAAUUUGCUUCCUCAAAUAGAAGAUAUGGUUAACAAAAGCUUGCAAAAAUGGUCGACUCAGGCGUCCGUCGAUGUGAAACAAGCUGCUUCUGUUAUGAUUUUUAAUCUUACAGCAAAGAAAAUGUUCUGUUAUGGUGUUGAGAAUUCUUCUUCAGAGGAGAUAACCGAGAAGUUCACUGGAAUUUUCAACAGUCUUUUGUCCCUGCCUUUGAAUAUCCCUGGCACAACAUAUCAUAAAUGUUUGAAGGAUCGAGAGGCAUUGCUGAAAAUAUUGAAAGAUACACUCAAGGAGAGGCUCACUUCACCAGAUAUGCGUCGAGGAGAUUUUCUUGAUCAAACCAUUGAUGAUAUGGAAUCAGAAAAGUUCUUGACAGAGGAUUCUAUCCCACAACUCAUUUUUGGGAUUCUACUUGCUGGUUUUGAGACUACAGCAACAACAUUAACACUAGUUUUCAAGUUUCUUGCGGAGCACCCUUUGGUGUUAGAAGAGUUGACAGCUGAACAUGAGGCAAUUCUGAAAAGUAGAGAAAAUUCAGACUCCCCACUCACAUGGGAUGACUACAAAUCAAUGAUUUUUACCCACCAUGUCAUCAAUGAAACACUUCGAUUGGCAAAUUUUAUGCCAGGAUUUUUGCGAAAAGCAUUGAAAGAUAUCAAAGUCAAAGAUUACACGAUUCCAGCUGGUUGGACAAUAAUGGUUGUAAAAUCUGCUAUGCAACUAAAUCCUGAAACAUACAAGGAUCCGCUUGCAUUCAAUCCAUGGCGCUGGAAGGACCUUGACUCUUAUACCGUUUCUAAGAAUUUCAUGCCCUUCGGCGGAGGAUCAAGGCAAUGUGCAGGGGCAGAGUACAGUAAACUAUUCAUGGCAAUUUUUCUCCAUAUUCUGGUUACCAAAUACAGGUGGACUAAAAUCAAGGGAGGAGAAAUUGUUCGAAAUCCUAUUCUAGGUUUUGGAGGUGGCCUGCAUAUUAAGUUUUCAGCAAGGCUUUCAAACCAAACUUAG